AUGGAAAGAACUAUUAGUCCUUACUCCCAUAUGUCUGAGCUCGAAUCUGAGGAGAUUUCUGGAGACUAUUAUAAGGCAAACGAGAAAAGACCCUCUGAAAAAUCAAAAAAUGUAAAUAAACUUCGCAAAGUUCCAAAUGACGGAGAUUAUCGUAACGAUACUUUUUCAUCAGCCUACUCAAGCAGGCCUUCCACAACUCAAUUCCAAGCCCUUGUUUUGGAUUCAAGCUUUAAUGAAACGAUUUAUACUCCAAAGCGCCAGAGCAUUGAGCCGUGCGCACUACACCGUUCCUUUCUAGAGCGAAUUGACGAGGAUAAUGGAUUAAACAAAAAGCUUUUUUCAGCUUCGAACACUUUUCGAAGCUUUAAAACUUUAUCUAUAAACCAGCCAGAAGUAAAUACUCAUGAUCCUGAGCUAUUAAAAGGAUAUAUUAGGAUUCGUGAGCUAACACCUUUUGAAGUUAUUGAAGAUAUGAAUGACGAUUUUCCCUGACUUGAUCUCAGAAAAGCAUUUUUGCGUGUCUGCUACGCGAUUUCUCAAUUUUGCUUGCACAUUGUAUCAAAUCCUGCAUUUGAUAUAUAGAAUUUUCCCAUAGAUGGCGCUGUUUGCCUUUGAUUUGCCCACUGGGAAAAUUUUUUUGGUUCGACCAGUGCCAUAUGGUUUGGUCAAACCAAAAAAAUUUCCUCAUAGGCAAAUCAAGGGCAAACAGCGCCAUCUAUGGGAAAAUUCUAUAAUAAUUCUGUGCUUUAUUUUUGCCAAUACAAUUGUUUUGUCAAUUGAAGACCCAUCAGCGAAUAUUCAGCCACCCUCUUUGGCUGCAUUAGACAGCAUUUUUUUAUAUGUAUAUACAGCAGAAGCUGGGCUGAAAAUUUUAGCAUAUGGAUUUAUAUUUAACAAAGGAGCUUAUAUUAGGGAUCCCUGAAACAUACUUGACGCUCUUAUUAUUAGCACUGCUUGAGCCUCGAUGCACGCAACGACGUCAAUUAAUUUGAAUGCAUUGCGUUCCCUGAGAAUUCUUAGGCCAUUGAAGAGUAUUUCUUCUCUCCCUGGACUGAGAGUCCUAGUUUUGGCCUUACUGAAGUCUAUUUUGCCUUUGUCAAAUAUUAUAUUAAUACUGUUUUUUGUCCUGCUUAUAUUUGGGAUCAUUGGGAACCAGCUUUUUGGUGGGCUGUUUAAGUAUCAGUGUAUGGACUUGGAGACUGGGAGAUUUCAUAUGGCGCCAGGGGAUGACGAAGUCUGUGGAAGCAGGUCUUGCCCUUGAGGAUAUGAAUGUGUGAAGAGCUUGAAUAACCCUGUCUAUGGAAAAAUCAACUUUGACAACGCUUUGAUAGGACUUCUGCAAUGCUACACUUCAAUUAGUGAAGAAGGAUGGACUCAAAUUAUGAUAAUGGGCGAAAAAGCUUUCAACCAGCCAAUCGCUGUCAUUUUUUCAAUCUCACUUAUUUUUAUUGGCACUUUUUUGCUACUGAAUAUUAUGGAGGUCGUCUUGUAUUCGAAUUUUUCGAAGGAAAUGGACAACUUGAGGCUGGAACAAAAAAAAGGAAAUAUCAUUGAAGAAGAAUCAGCCGGCUCUAGUCUAAUAGAAAACUUAGUCAGAGACCAUGACUCAUUUGAACAAGGGAUCAAUAACUGCAUAAAUGCUGACAAGACUGGAUCUGAACUAGGCGUAAACUCAGAUGAGAUUUACAAAUAUAAAAACCCAGAAACUAACAGAUCACAGCUUGAAGAUGACAAAAUUUUAUUUUCCAGCAACAAAAAACUAAAAAUGCAUGGGAUUUAUAAGCAAGCCAAGCUCAGCAUGAGAAAUAAAGUCACUGAGUUUUUUGAAGUCUUUAACUCUAUGGACAGCAGCAUCAAGCUUAACGAUGAAGAUUUGCUUGUUAAAGAUCUCGAUGAAAGCUUGCCAUCUCCAAAGUGAGAUAAAUCUAAGAGAGAAAGUGCAGGAGAGCAAAACACUUCAAUAAAUCAUGGGGAAGAAAUCUUUUUAAAAGCUGGAGCUGCUGCUCCUCCCAAGCCAAGCAUCGGAAACUCUCCUUCAGCAACCUAUGAAACUAAGCAGGAAAGUUUUUCCAAAAAAGACUCAGUGCUCUCAAGAAUGGCUUCUCUUUUUAAAAACUCUACAAAAAGAGAAACUGCUUCCAAAGUUUCUGAAAAAGCUAUUUCGCCUAUAUUGACAAGAGUAAAGAAUGUGAAAAUGGUUCAUGCAAUUUAAGUAAAUUAUGGAGUGAGGUCUUUACUCCCCUCCUGAAGUCAGAAAGCGGAUGAACCUUUCCUAUAGGAGGUCUUUGGUAGCUUUGCUACCAAUAUGGCUAACGUCUGGCUUUAAAUAGCCUAGCCUAACCUACAUGUCAAAUUUUGCAGUAAACAUUAAAAUGAUUACUAUUUUUUUCUUAAAAUUACUAUUAAAAUUAUACAUAAUAUUUUUUUGGGUUACCUGCAUGCUAAUCUAAUAAAUUCCACAGCUCUAUACAAUUAUAAGUUCUAUCAUAUUCGGUGUCUCUAAAGACCUCCUCCACAAUUUACUUAAAUUGCAUGAAUCUGUGAAAAUUAGAAAAGACCUGGCACAGAAGCUGAAACAUGUGAAGGAAACUACCAAAAUAAAAGUCUGCAUUGAAGAAAAUCAUGAAAUAACGUCAAAUUCUAUACGUGAUGUAUUUCCUGAAGAUUUUAUUUCUCAUGAUAGAAUUCACAUCGAGUCAUUGUAUGAGUAUAGGUUCACCUAUAGGGGGGGAAAAGAUGUCCUUUCCAAUUUGGAAAAACUAACCCAAACAUGGGACAACAAAGUGUCUGAUGUUCUUGACAAGUAUAGCGAAAAAGGGGAUAGAAAUGAAAUUUUCAGGUAUUUGUGCAGCAAACUAAAAAUUAGGGUGGCAUUCUAUAUGACGACAAUUGAGGUCCCAAAAAUUAUUAAGGCUAUCAAAGAGCAGGAUAAAUGGUGAAGGACAUUUGAUCAAAACAUUUCCCUUGUGAAAUUUACUUGGGAUUACUCGAAAUUUUUUCCUCUCUGAGACAUUUGCUCUUUAAAAAAAUCUAAUGAUUCAUUAUAUAUCUUGACGGAAAAAGUUCGACUAAAAUCUCUGAAGGUGUCAAAUGAGGAAAAUGUUAUAACCAAAUAACAUUUAGCCUGAUAAAGUAACAAAAAACGUGGUUGGGGAUUGGUCAGGGUAUGAUGUAAAUACCAAUGAUGGAUUAAAAACGCAUGAAUACAAAGAACAAAUGGACACUAUGACCUAUAAACUAUGAAGCAACGGUUUCAUUGGGAACUGGCAGAGACUGGUGCACCCUUUUAAACGAAUUGUGAGACACAGGCGCUUCAAUUAUGCCAUGAUCCUAUGCGUUAUAGCAAACACAAUUACUUUAUCAAUAAACCAUUAUGGGAUUGAUUCAGAAACAGACACAAUAUUGACGAUCAUAAACUCGAUUUUUACUUUCACUUUUGUAGGAGAAAUGACCUUAAAGAUCUUAGCACUUGGCUUGAUAAGCUACUGCAGAGAAGCCAUGAACCUAUUUGAUGGGUCAAUCACUAUUCUUGGCCUAAUUGAGUUUUUAUUUUUAUCAGACACAGGGAACUCAUUCCAAGCCCUCAGAGCAAUCAGAAUUUUAAGGAUUUUUCGAGUAGUUCGCGUCCUAAGGCUUUUCAGAUAUCUCCAAACAAUGACACACAUCAUAAAAAAGCUUCAAAAAAACAUCAUGAACUUUUUCUACCUAAUCAUUUUCCUAUCACUUUUUAUCCUGAUUUUUACCAUUGUAGGACUACAAUUAUACUCAGGAAAGCUUAAUUUUACUGAAGCUCACAAUCAAUAUAACUGGAACAAUUUUUAUUUCUCUUUCCUUACCACUUUCCAAAUCAUGACUGAAGAAAACUGAAACAACGAGGUCUACCUCACUAUGAGGUCCACAUAUGGAUAUGUUGGGGCUUUAUUCCCUUCUAUUUGGAUUAUGGUAGGGAACUAUAUUUUACUGAAUAUUUUUCUAGCUUUAGUUCUUGAUAUUUUUUCAACUGAAGAAGAGGAUCUGAGCUGACAAACGACAGGGUCAUACACAAAUGAGAGCAGGAGGGAAAGCAUUUUUUCAAUUUCGUCAAGGAUUAAAAAGAAAAAGGAGCAGAAGCUUAAGAUUUUGGAGGAUCUAAGCGAAAUUGAGAGUGAGAGUGAAAGCGAAAGCGAAAAUGAGAAUAGCAAUUUGAAUGAAGAAGAAAGGAAAAGGAGCCUUGAUGAACUGAAGCGGCAAAGCGAGAUGAAGAAAAUAAAGACUAUGUUUGUAGGAAUUGAUUGUGAGAGAAGCUUUUUUGUAUUGUCUAAGCAAAAUAAAAUAAGGAAGCUGUGCUAUACUCUGACGAGCAGUCCGAAAUAUGAAGCUUUAGUUUUGGUUGUAAUUAUUGUAAGCACGCUGAAGUUAAUAUGGGACACUUAUCUGUUAGACUUGCCUUCAGAUUCCACUGAAAUUGUUGUGUCUACUUAUUUUGAUCUUGUAUUUACUGUGAUUUUUGGAGUAGAAAUGGUUAUAAAAUCAAUAUCAAUGGGUUUUUUGUUUUCUAAAGGAUCAUAUCUUAGGGACAGCUGAUGCCAGCUUGAUUUUAUUAUUGUAGUUCUAUCAGUUAUCGAUCAAGCAUUGACAUCUGUGAACAUCCCAGUUAUCAAAGUGCUGAGGCUGCUUAGAAUUCUAAGACCAUUAAGGAUUAUCAGUCACAAUCUUCAAAUGAAAAUUAUGAUUAAUGCUCUAAUAGAGUCCUUGAUCUCAGUUUUUAACGUUUCUGCAGCCAUUCUUCUCCUUUGGCUGAUUUUUUCGAUUUUAGGAGUAUCACUUUUUGGAGGGAAGCUCUAUAGUUGCUCUAAUUCCAGCAUCAAUAACAGAGCAGACUGCGAAAAAUUAGGCUAUACUUGGGAUGUCAUGGAUUUUAACUUCGAUGACGUUCCUAACGGAAUGGUUGACUCCUUUAUCCUAACAACACAAGAAGGUUGACCUGACUGAAUGUACCAAACAUGUGCAGCAUAUAAAACUGACCAUGCCCCAAUUUCUGGAUACUACCCAAGCGCAGCAAUAUAUUUUAUCAUCCAUAUGUCCUUAUCUUCUAUUUUUUUCAUCAAUCUACUAAUUGGUGUUAUGUUCGAAAAAUUCGCUGAAGCCAAAAAAAACGAGAGUUCAAUAGCAGCGCUCGUUUUAUCUAAAGAACAGAUGGUAUGGGUCGAAAUCCAGUCUUUAAUUGCCCAAUCAAAACCUCAGAUUGACCAAUCUAAAAAGCCUGAAAAUAAUUUCCAAAAAUUUUUCUAUGCAAUUCAAGACCAUUGGUCGUUUAAAAUAUUUAUUAGCAUUUGCAUUGGGUGUAAUUUUAUUUUGAUGUGCAUGUAUUAUGAUCAAGCUUCUGCAGAGUACACAAGUGUGCUUGAAAAUUUUAACUCAGCAUUUACUUAUAUAUUUAUUGCUGAAGGUGCUGUUAAAAUUACAGGUAUGGGGUAUUUAUAUUUUUAUGACGGGUGGAACCGGUUUGAUUUUUUUGUAAUUAUUGCUUCUAUUAUAGACUUGAUUUUUACCUAUAUAAUUACAUCAGGGAUCCCUCUUUUAAAAACAGCGCCGCAGCUGAUAAGAACGAUAAGAGUUUUAAGGGUGACAAGGGUCAUAAGGCUGGUAAAACAGUUCAACACUUUGCAAGAAUUGAUCACUUUGGUUUCUUAUUCAAUUCCUUCAAUUUUGAAUGUAUCAUCGAUUUUGCUGCUAAUUUAUGUGAUUUAUGCAGUCCUUGGGGUUUACCUUUAUCAUUCUAUUGAUUCAGGGAAUAAUUUCAGCUCUUACGACAACAUGAAUAAUUUUGGAAGAGCAAUCAUAAAGUUGUUUAAGCAUUCAACAGGAGAAAACUGACCAGAUGCUAUGUUUGACUGUGCUAAAUCAUCAAGUGGUAGGGUUAUAGCUUAUUUGUAUUGAUGUACCUUUAUAUCUGCUACCACUUUCGUCCUGCUCAAUGUGUUCGUUAUGGUUAUUUUGCAAGACUAUGAAGAUUUCGCAAAUGACGCUCAAAGUGGUGUGAUUAUUUUUAAUAAAGAUGUCAAGCAGUUUAAAACUGCUUGGGCAACAUACUCAGCUACAAGCCAAGGAUUGAGAAUCCAUUACAAAUUUUUAGUUGAAUUAAUGUAUUCAUUAGGACCAGAACUUGGCGUACCAUCAGAUACUCCACAUGAAAGGGUAGUCAAGCUACUGUCUAUUAUGGAGCUACAUAUAGAUGAUGAAGGGUAUAUUUAUUAUAACGACAUGCUUUUUUCUGUUAUGAAAAGGAAGCAUGCAAAGGAUUUAGCAAAACAUCUUGAUGCAAAGUCACAAAAAUUGAUAAGAAAAGAAGAGCAUCAGACUAGUAAAAGAUUGCAGCAAAUGAGGGAAAAAAUAUCAAUGAAUUUCUACUCUGAAAUGAGGACAAAUAGCCAAGUGAAGAUGAAAGGUAAAACUAACUUGUUUUUUGCGAUGAUUUAUGCGAAAACUGUAUUUAGAAGCUGAAGAAGAUGGACUAAAUCUGCCUUUUGAUUAUGAGAAAAACAUUAGAAAAAUCCCUAGUUUCGAAAAUGACCAACGAUUUUUAUGCAAAAAAAUAUUUUGAGAUGUGCAAUGGUUAAAGUUACAAAUCUUCGACUAUUUCUAUUAAUGUACAGAAAGAUAUGCGCUAAAGCAUAAUUUUACAAGCUAAGUUAUAUUUACUUUCAAAUAUUUACAAAAUUUUUAAUAUGAAAAAAAUUAUAUCCUUCAUUGAAGAAUAAAAACUUGACCACUAGCAAGGGAGGAUAAGAAGAAAAAAGAGGAUGCUAAUAAAUCAGGCGAUCUUAGCAUUACACCAAGGUUCUCAGACGUCGAGUUCCCAGGAGAUAAUUCUUUAUUGUCAUCUGAAGCUGAGAUUAUAUAG